AUGAUUCCCCUGUUCUUUAGACUGGAGAGCUUUUAGGCAGAGGCUGUCCUCCAACACACAGCUUGUGGAGUUCAACUAUGUCAUUGCUCAGGACUGUUUUUAAUGAUUCUGUUAUCAUUCAUCCUCCAGGCUUCUAUAUUACUGGAUUACAAACAUUACCCUACAUCAGUGUCUAUGUCAUCUUUCUAGCAUUUGUUUAUGUGGUCACAGUGCUGUUUAACAGUUUGGUGAUCUAUGUAAUUGUCUUUAAUCAUUGUUUACACACUCCAAAAUUUGUGGCUGUGGGCAACCUCGCAGUAAUCGAUUUAGUCCUUAACACAUGUAUUAUUCCCAGCAUGAUAAAUAUUUUCCUCAUUAAGGAUAACUUUGUCCCAUUUAACUUAUGCCUAGCACAAAUGUAUGUUUACUAUGCUUUUGGGACUUUGGAAUCAUUUGCUCUUGCUAUACUUGCCUAUGACAGGAUGAUUGCAAUAUGUGUUUCUUUGCGUAAGAACUCAAUCAACACACAGCAAAGCAUGUCUUUUAUUAUUGGUUUGACUUGGUGUUUUAGUCUGGGAAUCAUUGCAUUUGCAGUAGGUAUAAUGACUCGAUUGUCUUUUUGCAAUUCCCUCACAGUGUUGAGUUAUUUCUGUGACUAUUCACCUGUGUAUAGACUCGCCUGCAAUGAUUACACAAUGCAGUGGACUGUGGCCAAUUCACUUAGUUUCUUGAUUCUUAUUGUACCCUUUACUUUAAUCUGUCUGUCUUAUGUCAGCAUCCUGGUGACCGUGUUCAGGAUGAAAUCUUUAGACAGUCGAGUUAAAGCUUUGGCUACUUGUAUUGAACAUAUCAUCCUUGUUGCUAUAUUUCACCUUCCUCUCAUUACCAUUUUUAAUAUUUCAUUUUAUCUGCAUUUUAUUAAUGAUGACCUGCCAUUUCUAUGCCUGUCUCUGGCCUCUUGCACCCCACCCUGCAUCAAUCCUAUGGUAUACUCUCUGAAAACCAAAGAGAUUAGAAACAGAGCCCUGGCACUGGUAAGAAAAACUAAAAUUGCUACAGAUCAAGAGAAGAAAAGGCAUUGGAGAGGUUUAACAACAAAAAUGUAG